AUGUCGAACCCUUCGCCAGAGUUCCUCCGGUUCACAGGCCACCGGCACUUUACCCAGAGGUUGAUUCUAUCAACUCUGACCGGCCGACCUGUUCACAUCUCCAAGAUUCGAAGCACGUCGCCUACGAAUCCCGGUCUCGCCCCUCAUGAGAUUUCCUUCUUGCGCAUGCUCGAGGCUGUCACCAAUGGCAGCUCGAUGCAGAUCUCGUACUCGGGUACGACAAUCACAUAUCAUCCUGGCUUGAUCACAGGAACUAUUGCCGGCUUUGGAGCUUCAGACGGAGACGUCAUCGAGCACAACAUCUCCAUGAACAACACCCGAGGCGUCACCUACUACCUCAUGCCUCUCUGUCUUCUGGCGCCCUUCUCGAAAGCCCACAUGAACGUCCGUAUCUCGGGCCCUGGCGUCAUCACAUCCUCCACCGAGACGGGCGACAUCUCCGUCGACUCCUUCCGAACCUCCAUCCUUCCCCUCUUCGGCCUCUUUGGCAUCCCUCCCGCGCGGAUAGAGCUGAGGGUGCUUCAGCGAUCCUGCGCAGGACCAGGCGGACGAGGCGGUGGUGGAUGCGUCGAGCUGCGAUUCGCGAGUCAAGUGCGACUACCCAAGACCCUACAUCUCAACCGAAGCCCCGGCCGAAUAAAAAGGAUUCGAGGUGUCGCAUACUGCACUGGAGUGUCUGCCUCAAACAAUGCCCGAAUGAUCCACUCGGCGCGCGAGAUCCUCAACCCCCUGGUGUCCGAUAUCCAUGUUGCUGCCCAGUACGACCAGGCGCCGCUCGUGCCCACCGGCGACAAGGCAGGAAGCAAGAGGCGGUUGGGAAUUGGUUUUGGUCUGAGCUUGGUCGCCGAGUCGAGCGCAGUUGGUGUACUCUACUCAGCCGACGUGGUCGUUCCGCCUUCAGGUGGUGUGGUUCCUGAGGACAUUGGCAGGCGAUGCGCCUUCCAGCUACUUGAGACCAUCUCACAGGGCGGAUGCGUUACUCAGACCUCUGCCAAAUCGGUCCUCAUUCUCAUGGCCAUGGGAUCAGAAGAUGUCGGUCGUCUUAGGAUCGGCCGCGAGGUAAUUGGAACUGAAGAGAUGGUUGGACUGGCUAGGGAUCUAAGGACAUUUGGCGCGAGCAGCUGGGGCUUGAGAGAUGUCGAGGACGACACCAAUGAUAUUAUUGUUUCUGUUAAGGGUACUGGCGUUGGCAAUGUUGGAAGGAAGAUAGCGUAA